GAGGAGGUGCUCCUUUGGGCUUCUCCUGUUAAGCGGCAGUCGACGAGUUUCUUUUUGAUAUGCCUUUUUUUCCUCUUCUUCCUUUCUCUUUACGGAGUGUAUAACCGCUCUUCCUCUUCUCCGUUGCGCUGUCUCUCUCUCUCUCUCGUUCCACCUGGGGAUCCAACGACGGCGAAGGCAUGGACGUGCGACUCGCGCUUUCGCACCGUCAUUCGGCCUCUCCCUUUCGCCUUUGCUUCACCGGGGUGAUGAUCGGUUUCGUGAACGCGUUGCUCCUCCGCUCCCCUCCGCUCUCCCUCCUCCUCUCCUUCUUUGAGUUCAAUUGUUCGAAGAUUACAACGCAGUACACCGACAGAAGAGGGAGCGCCUUGAAUGGAACUAUUUCGUUGCUGCUGUUGCUGUUUUACCGGCACGCGCCCGCUGCGCCACAUCGGAGCGUCGUUCUUUCCGUAUUCCUUGAAAACAAGAAGUGAAGCAAGCUUUUCCCACCUUUACGCCUUCCUCAUUUGUGCAGCACGUCAACGCAGCGGCAUUACUCGCCAACUGAGUACGGCGGUGACGGUUGCGGAAAGGAGGAGGGGAGGAGGGGAGGGGCGGAUGGCAGCAAUGAGCACUGGGAACUUCAAAACGAACAAAAAAAAGGCGAAGGAUGUAAAUCGCCGCCUCUUCUAGCGUGUACCGGUCAGUACGCAAGUCGGCCGCAGGGUAUCGAUGCCUUCCAUUCGGACGAGUACGUAGACAAGUGAACAAAUAGCACGUGGAGGAAGGGAGGGAGGGAGGGAUGUCAGCAGCAGCGGUUUUUUCGUCUGUGCCCUUCAAUAUCGACGGCGAGUGUGCAGUACGGCUUUUCUCGGCGUGUCUUCCCGCUCGUCGCCGUCUUUUCCCAUCAUGAACUCUCCAGUCCAGUGAUCCCUUUCUUUCUCUCUCUCUCUCUCCGCAUGGCUUGUCUGGUGACCGAAGGAGCGCGGCAUGCUUGAUGGCGCGCAGUCGCUGUUUGCUCUGCGCGUCUCCUAUCGGCCCUGCAGGAGAGCAAUCGCCGCGGUGAUGAUGCCUUGUCUGUUGUGGCUGUUGGCUGCUUUAACGCUUUUCUCUUUUCUAUUUUUCCAAAUUCACCUCCUUCGAUGAGCAAGUACAUAUAAUAUGCACAUGUAAGCCCCGCUUUUGCGUGGUCAGCGGAGGAAACCGCGGUGCAGUGGUGCAAACGUAAAUACAUUUUACUGCCAUGUAUUGCUUUGCUCGUAUUAUUAUUAUUAUUUUUUUUUAGGUUCCACUUACUCCGGGGUAUCACCUUACCGCGACACCGAUUCUUUUUUAUUUUUAUUUUUCUUAAGUUUUUCAAAACAAACAUAUCCGCACCUUGAGAGCGUGCCUUCGGCACGGAAGGAAUGGAGGCUAACUGCCAGGAGGUCCCUCUCUAGGUGGGAUGGACAGGUACGUUAAAUGCGUGUCGCAGGGGUAAGUGUGAUGGUCCGAAAAAAAAAAACAGUAACUAAAGAUGUCAUAAGGGGAACCAGAGUACAUCUUUUGCCUCGAAACGUCAUCUAUUCUUUUUUUCUCUUUUCCUCUGAUCUGCAAGUGAUGCGUUGCACCACUCAAGAAUGAAUGAGCUCUUUUUUUGACUGUGUGCUGGCGACCAGCAGCAGGCAUCGGCGGUUGUGCACAGCUGUGUUUUCCGGUUCGUUGCAGCAGCUGCCCACUUCUCCACUGAGCAAAAAGCCUGCGUGUUGUGAAGUUCAUGAUCUGCGCAGUCUGACGGUGAUGCAACGCACGCAGCUGGCAAACCAAAUUCUUCUUCAUCGACACGUUCCUCGUUCAAAAGACCGCUCGUCUUUUGCCAUUUCUUUUCUAAGCAAGAUAUCGACAACGCGCCAUGGAGUUACAGUGGUGUGCGAGGUGACGCCGCAGUGAAGGCGUGUGGUAGUGGUUGUAGAAUUGAAGAAACAGAAGGGGGUGCCAAUGUUAACUGUCAGGCAGCUCUAGUUAAGACGUUGAAUGCACUUCGUCAGAAACACAUAGCGCAUGUUGCACCGCUUCUCAUCAGCGAAAGGAAAGACGCAAUUCUCUUCCUCGCCUCUCUCUCUUUAUCUUCUUUUUUUGCUUAGCAGCACCACCAAGAGCGGUCACACAACAGUAAUCUGCCAUCGCGCGAGCGUGAUGAUGGACGAAAAGCAAGGGCAGGCGGCAUCGUCCAGCACUGCAGCAACAGCACAGGCAGUGAGCCCGGCACAGCGUCAGCGCACCCUGACCUUGAGGCCCACGCAGUCGGACUCCGACACCGCGCCGGAUACGCUGACGCUUCACCUGACCGUUCGGUGCUUCACCGACUACAUUCUUGUAUUCGUCACGGAGGAUGAGACGUGUGCGCCUGGCGUCGUCCUACGCUACGACGCCCCGGCGCCGGGUCCCGGUGCCUUCAUGUACGAGGGGGAGACGCCGUCGCUGGACGUGACGGUGCUGCUCGGCCUGCGUGACCACCCCCUUACGAACAUGCUCGCCAGCAGCAUUGCACAUCGCAUCCGCCGCUACGGAGAGGCGCGGCCGCUGUUGAUGGGCCUGAGCGUGGUGCAGUCGUCGAAGAAGCUGCCGAACGCGGCUGCCAAGAAGGAAUUUUUAAGCUUCGUGGCCUCUCAACUGUUGGAACUGGCCGGAGAGGCGCGUGCCACCGAGUAA